CCCAAUACGGUCGCUACUAUACGGAACUUGUCAACUUUCGUGCGCGUACUUCGUACUAAUUGUACGUUUUUUUAAUUAAUUUCUUUUCUUACUUCAACUGGUAAUAUUAAAUAUGUCUGGACGCGGUAAAGGUGGCAAAGUGAAGGGAAAGGCAAAGUCCCGUUCGAAUCGUGCCGGUCUACAGUUUCCGGUCGGCCGUAUUCACAGAUUGCUGCGUAAGGGGAAUUACGCAGAGCGUGUUGGUGCCGGUGCCCCCGUCUAUCUCGCUGCGGUAAUGGAAUAUCUCGCCGCUGAAGUUCUCGAGUUGGCCGGCAACGCGGCUCGCGACAACAAGAAGACUAGAAUCAUUCCCAGACAUCUACAGCUCGCCAUCCGUAACGACGAGGAAUUGAAUAAACUUCUCUCUGGAGUAACCAUCGCACAGGGCGGUGUGCUACCUAACAUUCAGGCCGUCCUCUUGCCAAAGAAGACAGAGAAGAAGGCUUAAGAUGGUGAACAAAAGAACACUAGCGGCGGCGGUGCGGGUUAUAUUACCAAUGAUAAAAGGAAGUAGGAUGUUGCGUUAUAUGUAAAAUCAUACGCACAUCCGUAUUUUUCUUUUAUUUUAUUGAUUAUGAUUAAAAGGCCCUUUUGAGGGCCGCAAAUAUAUUCAAUGCAACAAAAAUUGCAGUUUCUUAGGUGGACGGACGUAAAUGUCUCUAUAAUAAUUGUUAUGGUAUAAAACGCGAAUAAUAUAAGUAUUACUACGUAUUCUCCGUGUGGAACAGUUCACAAUUAACAGUCAGUAAUAACUAGUAUGAAUAAUACAUUAAUAUACAUUAGUACGUAAUAUAUAAUAAAAAAAAAAACGCAAGCUUCUGUUUGGCCGAUUAUAAAAUUUAAUAUAUUUUAACAGUCGUCUAUACGUUCUAUAUAGGGAAUCAGACGGCGAGAUAUAAAAUAGGAUAUGAUAUUAUACGAGACUUGUUCGAAUAAUUUUCGUUUAAAAACUUAUUUGCAACAUGAACAACUUCGACA